CCUAACCCUAACCCUAACCCUAACCCUAACCCUAACCCUAACCCUAACCCUAACCCUAACCCUAACCCUAACCCUAACCCUAACCCUAACCCUAAAACCUAGAAACAGCCCGGUACAUCAGAGACAACUAUCAGAUUAGUUUCUCUCUUCAAUGGGUUCCCAGCCACAGUGGGAUUAAAGGGAACGAAGAAGUAGAUAAACUAGCCAAAGCUGCGACUACACGCCUUAGAGAACAUAGCUUUAAGCCACUGAUAUUACUUUAGUUCUAAGCAGUCAAGGACGCAAUAUAUGUAACCUAGGCAGCCGAAUAGGAGAAAUCGGAUAAAGGACAACACCUUCGAAGUAUUAAUGCAGCACCGCCAGGCCCUUAUACCCGGCACCUAUACGAUAAGCUCCUACGGAGCCAGGCUGGCCUCCUUGCCCAGCUGCGAACCGGCCACUGCUGGCUUAACCAACACCGUACACGAAUGGGUCGGAUCAACAACGAUUAAUGCGAAUACGGAGAAGUCGAAUUAGUUUCCUACGUUCUCCUCAACUGCUCUCUGCUUCAGGAAAGCCGAUAGAAGAUGCUCUAAGAUAGUGGACUAGAAAAGAACAGCCUAUCAGCCUUACUCGGCGGAAAGCCACUAAGCAAUGCCGCAGCUACCCAGAGUAAAGACAACAAUUGGAGAAUAACAGCAUCACAGCUUCAGGCUGUGCUCAACUUUGCACAAGACUUACAACGGUUUAAGAAUAGAGAUAAUCCUAUAGUAUAGAACCUCUAUACUACUAUCCCCUCCUACCCUACUAUCCGCUCCCGUUACCUUC